GCCAUAGCUAAUGACUGUCCGAGUGCAGGAGAAGGAUUUCAACGAAGUAAUCCAGAAAUACAGUCCAGCUUUUUUUGACUUUGCAGAAAAUGUUGUGCUCAAGUCUGCCCCCAUAGAGUACAAAGCAAGCAAGUUAUUCGUCACUCUUGGUGCUAUAGGAAUGUUCCAAUUUGCCAUUCCCAUAGUACACUGGCCUCUAGAAAUCAUUGCCAAGUUUCUACAGUUCUCAUUUCUGUUUACUUGUGGUGCCAAGGAGCUUCGCAGAGGCUUCAGCAAAAGCUCCUCGGUCAACCUCGUCAAGUCUUUGCUUAUAACAUUCGUUGUGGUCGUGUCAUUGCAAACGAUACCCAGCGUGCUCUUUGAUAUUCACUAUCAUUUCGGAGCGCUGUGGCAUUUCUGCCUUCCUGUGCUUUUGCUUUCUCUACCAAGCCCCCAAGAGGACGAUAGGACAGUGGCAAUAUUCCUAUGUGAAGUCUUCUUGUCUAGCAUUCUGAAUAUAAUCACGGCAACCAUGACCGGAAUGUUGCCAGAGAUUGACCUCCAAGAUGAUGCCCAGAGGGUUCCAGCUUUGUUUGCUUUCUCAGCUUUAGCUAUCUCCCUCUGGCUUGGUCUGUUGAGAGAAACAACAGCUUAUCUUCUUAUCUGGGGCUCAAUCUUGCUAUCCACCGUCAAAGUGAUCAGCCAAGACCAGGUGCAGAAGCAGCAAGAUCCGGCUGGGUACUACAACCAAAUGACAGUAUGGCACAAUCUAUUGGCAAUCUGGCUUUGGGGCUUCUUGAUCUCCACCAUACAGUCUCUUGCCAUUCCGGGCCUUGUGUCCAUCAAGGACCUCAUACUUUACCAUCUACCGAGCUACUUUUUGUGGGCGACUCUGUUCAUACUUGCAAUGAUGUUGACCAAGAAGACGGAAAAGUCGCAUGUUGCCGACACUUGGUAUGCGAGGUGGCUCAGAGGCUCUUCAUAGCCAUAUGCAUCAAGAUCCACAGCUGUUUAUAUACCCCUACACGUAUGCACGGUAUGGCUGGACAAGCGUUGGCCCAUCCUUGUACUGCGCGAGCUCCUCAGUCGAUUCUCUCCGAUCUUCUGCCGAUCUGUUUGUGUACGUCGUUUGGAAUAGCGAGAGAAGAGCCAGCGCAAGCAGAGAAUGUUAUGAAAACGCCUUGUGUGGACGACGUCGACGAGAGAAACG